AUCAUGACCUGCUUCUCUAGGCAACGAUCUAUAACGCCAUCGCUUUUCUGAUUCCCAACGCCCUUUUCUAAAAGGUUCAUGUCCUCAAUAUCGACGAUACAAUCCUGACCUUGGUCUACAGCUGCCCUCUAAAGCGUUUCUAGGCCAGAUCCAUAACGAGCGCUAGUGGGUGUCCCAGACGUUUCCAGACAUCUCAAAACACCCGUUCAUCUCAUACACUCACGGUUCCGAGAUGUCUGCCACCGUCAAGAUCGUUGGGAAGCCCGUCGGCCCAAUAGGCUACGGUCUGAUGGGCUUAACUUGGCGACCGGCUCCACAACCAGCCAGCGACAGCUUCAAAGCCAUGGAGACGGCACUCUCGCAGGGAGCCAAUUUCUGGAACGGCGGUGAACUCUACGGCACCCCGGAACGGCACUCUUGCCACUUGCUCCAUGAGUACUUCAAGCUACACCCGGGGGACGCGGACAAGGUCGUGCUCAGCAUCAAAGGUGGGCUGGUCCCAGGCCAGCUGAAGCCCGACGGGUCUGCGCAAAACGUGCGCCGCAGCGUUGAAGACUGCCUGAAGGUUCUCGAUGGUACCAAGGGCAUCGACAUCUUCGAAUGUGCUCGUCUCGACCAUGACACACCGCUUGAAGAGACGGUCGGCGCUCUGGCGCAGCUUGUCAAAGAGGGCAAAAUCGGCGGCAUCGGCUUGUCCGAGGUCAAAGCGAGUACGAUCGAGAGGGCACACGCCAUCCACCCGAUUGCGGCCGUGGAGGUGGAAGUCUCGCUCUGGACCACGGACAUUCUUCGCAACGGCGUCGCCGCGACCUGUGCCAGACUCGACAUCCCCAUCGUCGCCUACAGCCCGCUCAGCCGCGGGGCGUUGGCGGGCGAAACCAUUCGCAAGCACGCCGACAUCCCGGAGGGCGACAUCCGCAAGCACAUGCCGCGCUUCCAGGACGACGUGCUCGAGUACAACAACCAGAUCGUGGACGAGGUCCAAAAGCUCGCCGAGAAAAAGGGCGUGACCAAGGCCCAGAUCGCCAUCGCCUGGGUCCGAAGCCUGAGCGGCCGCACCAUCACCACGGAGAACGGAGAGCAGGUCACGCUGGGCACCAUCAUCCCCAUCCCCGGCGCCACCAAGCCGGAGCGGGUCGUCGAGAACACGAAGGUCGUGGAUCUGUCCGACGACGAGAUGAAGGAGAUUGCGGAAAUCUUGAAGAGGAAUCCGGUCAAGGGAGAGCGCUACCCUGAGCGUGGCAGGGCUCACCUCAACAUGUAAGGGAGGACAGUCGACGGGAAUGCCCUUUCUUCUUCCAAUUUCAGGGCCCACGAUGCUUAAGACCACUACAGAAGGGUUGUCUGGUGAAAGUAUACGCGCGAAGAAUCGAGCCUCUCCCCUCCGAUGAGGUGGUUGUGCUGGUGAUAGGUAGGCAGAUCCAUGCAGUAUCUUUUGGGGUUUAGGGGUUGCCUCAUUAUCAACUGAGCAGAGACCACCGAAUCAAACACAUUCCAAUAAAGAGAGUCGAAAAAGCGAUCCUGUUUCAAUUUCCUCGCAAUGUUCCUCACGUUUUCCCGACGGCUGGGUUGACG